UACAAUUUUUUUCAGCAUUUCUAUCCAUGAUGGCGGAGGACAGCGAAUCUGCAGCCAGCCAGCAGAGUCUGGAAUUGGACGAUCAGGAUACUUGUGGCAUAGAUGGAGACAACGAAGAGGAAAAUGAGCACAUGCAAGGGAGUCCGGGCGGAGACCUGGGGGCCAAGAAGAAGAAGAAGAAGCAAAAGAGAAAGAAGGAGAAACCAAGCUCAGGAGGCACCAAGUCUGACUCGGCCUCUGACUCCCAGGAAAUAAAGAACCCAGCCAUCCCCAUGCAGAAGCUGCAGGACAUCCAGCGGGCCAUGGAACUGCUGUCCACGUGUCAGGGUCCCGCCAAGAACAUCGACGAGGCCACCAAGCACAAGUACCAGUUCUGGGACACUCAGCCCGUCCCAAAACUCAACGAGGUCGUCACCACCCACGGCCCCAUCGAGCCGGACAAGGAGAACAUCCGCCAGGACCCCUACUCCUUGCCCCAGGGCUUCAUGUGGGACACACUGGACCUCAGUAACGCCGAAGUGCUGAAGGAGCUGUACACGCUGCUGAAUGAGAACUACGUGGAGGACGAUGACAACAUGUUCAGAUUUGACUACUCGCCCAAUUUUCUGAAAUGGGCCCUGCGGCCACCAGGCUGGCUGCCACACUGGCACUGCGGAGUGAGGGUCUCCUCCAAUAAGAAACUGGUGGGCUUCAUCAGUGCCAUCCCUGCCCACAUCCACAUCUAUGACACUUUGAAAAAGAUGGUGGAGAUCAACUUCCUGUGCGUCCACAAGAAGCUGCGGUCAAAGCGCGUGGCCCCGGUGCUGAUCCGAGAGAUCACCAGGCGGGUCAACCUGGAGGGGAUAUUCCAGGCCGUGUACACGGCCGGAGUGGUUCUGCCCAAACCAGUGUCCACCUGCAGGUACUGGCAUCGAUCUCUCAAUCCAAGGAAACUGGUUGAAGUCAAAUUUUCCCAUUUGAGCAGAAAUAUGACUUUACAAAGAACAAUGAAGCUCUAUAGAUUACCUGAUACCACUAAGACGCCAGGCCUCCGCGCCAUGGAGAAGCGGGACGUGAAGCAGGUCACGGAGCUGCUGGACAAGUACCUGAAGCAGUUUCACCUCCGGCCGGUCAUGGGCGAGGAGGAGGUGUCCCAUUGGUUCUUGCCACAAGAGAACAUCAUAGACACUUAUGUUGUGGAGGGUCCGGGCGGAGUUCUGACGGAUUUCACGAGCUUCUACACCCUCCCGUCCACCGUCAUGCACCACCCAAUACACAAGAGCUUGAAAGCGGCAUACUCCUUCUACAACGUUCACACGGAGACUCCCCUGAUGGACCUGAUGAACGACGCCCUCAUCCUGGCCAAACUGAAAGGCUUUGACGUGUUCAACGCACUGGACCUCAUGGAGAACAAGACAUUCCUGGAAAAGCUCAAGUUCGGUAUAGGGGACGGGAACCUGCAGUAUUACCUGUACAAUUGGAAAUGCCCAUCUAUGGACCCUGAAAAGGUUGGGCUCGUGCUCCAGUAACCAGUUUUGUUUACAGUCGCUGCUAAGUCGGAGAUAGACUGCGGCUUCCGAUCUCUGAACCUGGACUUGCUGUGGAGAGGCAGUCCGAAGA